AUGUCUCUUCCUCCGGAUCUGAAGGUGCUUUGUCGCCGAUUGACUUCAACACCGCCGGCUCAGCUCCCUCACUCAAUCCCGGCCUUCAUCAACCAUGUCCUCCGCUGCAAAGAUGUCCUGUCUGCGCCUCAGGACCCAAAGGCGACAUCCAACUCAUCUGAAGCUUCGACCCUGGUUCAUAAGCUGAGAACCAUCGUCAUGACCCUGUUGAACGGCAAGAGUGCCAUGGGGCGCUUUACUGGCGCAACCCUCGUCAAAGCCAUCAUCGACGUGGGCGGCUGGGAAUGCCUCAAGGAGUCGGGCAACUGGGUUCGUGGGCUCUUGGCCAUGCUCCAGAAAAACGAUCCCUUCCCGGUUAAGGAGAUUGCCAUUGUCACUCUCGUCCGGAUUUACACUCUCAUCCACGGCUAUCAGACUCUGACCAGAGAGAUCGCGACGCCCACCAUCCCAACAUUCUUCAAUGCAUGCCUGCAGAUGAUCAAGCUCCCAGCAUCGGGGCAGCGCCUCAAGACGCCACUGACCGUCGUUGAGACCGUCCUCGACGCAUUCUCCACCCUAAUCCCCGCGUACCCGACCACCUGUCGCCCCUUCAAUGGCCAGAUCAGGACAGCUAUCCGCCCCUACCUGGCACCCACCUCUUCUGACGGCACAAUGGUACCACUAUCUCUUCGUCGGGCUAGCAGACACCUGGCCAUCUCGCUGCCCCUUACCACGGCGGGCAAGACGGGGCCAAGUGACGACUGGGCCAAGCUGGUUGACGAGUUGAGGAAAGACUUCCACUCGACUGCUGACCAGGUCUUCCGUGCCGUCCAGGAGUCAUGGGAGGCCUCAGCACCCUACACCCGCUCCAAGGUCGACUUCGACACGCAGCCGCAGGGUCUCGAGACGCCUGACCAGCUCCCCCAAUGGGCCGGGAUCUCUGCUGGGCGUGACAGACUCGUCGGUCUACUCCAUUUCCUCGCCGACGCACUCCGCUACUCGACGAAGACGCCUGUCACGAUCCCCGUUGCUGCCAUCAUGGAUGUCAUCUCUCGCGUCUCGCUCAUCAGCCGCAAUUCCAAGUCCCAGUCAUGGGACCAGGCGCUCGAGACCCAAGCUGCUGUGGGCAGAGAAGAAAAGGAGGAGCUCUGGGCCGCGAUGCCCGACAUCCACGUUGCCGCUCUGGAUCUCCUCCUGAUCCUCGUGCAGAGGCUGGAGCGCAACGCGCUGUCAACCAUCCCAGAGAUCUACGACAACAUGAUCCUCAUUUUCCGCUCCGGCAUCAACAUCCCCACGGUCCGCGCCGCCACCUACAGGCUCCUCGACGAGACCCUCCCGAUCGCCGGCCCUGGCCUGCAGAAGCUCACCGUCGAGACGCUUGGCAUCGUCUCGCUCGCUUGCUGCCGCGACAUCCAACAAGAGUUUGGCUACGUCAAGGAAGCGAAACCCGCCACCAAGACCGCCGCCGAGACCAAGAAGAACAACAUCGCCGCUAACGCAGACCUCUUCCUCCCCUCGCAGACUACCGCGGAAUCCGCGUCCGCAUCCAGGCCUACCCUAGACCCCGCUCACCUCGCCGCCGCCAAGUCCCUCCUCGCCAGCCUCCUCACUCACCUGCCUCAGCAGCACCUCAAGCCGGGUCUGCGCGGCCUCCUGGACCAGACGGCCAUCCUAUCGCGCAACCGCGACGCCAUGCUCGCCAGCGUGCUGAACCCCUACGUCAACCAGGGCGGCGCCAUGUUCCCCAGCAUCCUACCCUACCUCGCGCAGCAGUUCCCGCACGACCGCGGCGUCGAGAUCCUGCGCUCCAACAUCCGCACCUCGACGCAGGGGUCUUCCGAUGUCCUCGAGGGCGUCAACGCCACCCUCGAGGAGCUGGAGGCCGAGGAGGACGCCGGGGAUGGCGACGAAGAGAUUGUCUCUGAGAUCGAGGUCAAGGGGGACGCCGAGGACCAGGAAAUGGAGGAGGCCGAGGCCAAGGCGCAGGCAUCGGCUGGCGGGACAAUCGUUGUCGCCAAUGACGAUGCCGAGGACAGCAGCAACCCGUUCCGUCCAUCCAAGGGCGCCGAGGGGGGGUCGAUCGAGGUCGCGAACCCCUUCGCCGUGACGUCUGCGCAGAAGCGUAAGCUCGACGACGAGGGCGCGAGCCCGCCCAAGAGGCAGAGCGUAGAGAGAAAGGUUGAACGGGCAGCCGCUGCGGCCCCAGCGCCAGCCGCCGGGCCGGCGGAAGAAAGGGAUGAUGACAGCGACGACGAGAGCAUUCAUCUGAACAUGGACCUCGACGACGACGAGGACGAGGACGAAGAGUAG